GCAGCAGGAGAAGUGUGCAUCAAGUGGGUCUGUUGUUGACAACAGAUGAGCAUGCAGAGGCAGAUUCAGAAGCACAGAGAUCCGUGCAUGACGAGACCUCAACACAACGAGCAGGAUGAUUUCCCGGCACGAUUAUGGAUGUAACACGCUGCUAUUAUAACUUUGAAUUACUUGCAAGGACAAUCCUCAUCACAUCAUUGUUUGUGAUAAAUGGUGUAUGUCCUGAAACAUCGUCCACAGAGGCCCUGUGCUCUCCAAACCCGUGCCAAAACAGGGCGAUAUGCAGGAUUCGCGGGGACGGCUACUCGUGCUUCUGCGUGCCGGGCUUCCAGGGCGCUCAUUGUCAGAUCGAUGUGAACGAGUGCGUUUCACAGCCCUGCAGGAACGGAGCCACCUGUGUGGACAGAGUGGGCACGUUCUCCUGCCUGUGUCCUCGGGGGUUCACUGGGCCCACUUGUGCGCUCGAGAUUGAUGAGUGUCAAUCACAGCCAUGUCUCAAUGGCGGCAGUUGCCAUGACUAUGUCGGUGGCUUCAGUUGCACCUGCCGGCCCGGUUUCCAAGGACACCAAUGCGAAAUAAACAUCAAUGAGUGCCAAGAGCAGCCAUGCCAAAACGGGGGUCAUUGUAUAGAUGGGGUGAAUGAUUUCAGCUGUGACUGCUCACAUACAGCCUUCACUGGCAAACACUGCGAGACACCACUACCACCAUGUCAGUCUGAACCCUGCUUCAACAGCGCCAUCUGUAAGGAUAACCAGGGUAACUACAGCUGUGAAUGCUGGCCAGGGUUCGAGGGGCGUCAGUGUGACAUCGACAUCAGUGAGUGUGACAGCGCCCCCUGCAUGAAUGGAGGACGCUGCAUUGAGAGGUCGUGGCAGGCUCUGUAUGGCAGCGAGCCUCUGCUGCCUGAACACUUUGACCCACAGCAUGCUGCAGGCUACAUCUGCAGCUGUCCUCCAGGAAAAACAGGUUUCCUCUGCGAGGAGCUGAUAAACCUUUGUGACCCUAGUCCAUGCCAGAAUGGGGGCAGGUGUGAGAGCGGCACUGGAGGUUACAUUUGUCAUUGCCUCAUCCAGCGUCAUAAUGGCUUCUUGUAUGGGGGUGUAAACUGUGACGUGAGGCUGGUGGGCUGUGAGGGACAUGAAUGUCAGAACCAGGGCUCCUGCUCCCCUUUCCUGUUGGAUGGGACUCAUGGAUACACCUGCUCAUGCUCACCCGGGUACACUGGACCCCUCUGUAAAACCCCUACCACUUUCUCCUUUGAACGCAAAGGCUAUCUGCUCCUACAGAGCCCCCUGGUGGACACCGAGGUGUCCUGCAACAUCACCCUAAGCUUUAAGACUGUUCUGCCUAGAGCCAUGUUGUUCCAGAGGAACAGCAGGGGGCUCCUGCUGAGCCUGGAGCUGGAUGAAGGACAGCUUCAGCUCACGCUGUCGAAGGAGGCCUCUACAGAAAGCCCGAUCCAGCUCCUGGACCUUCCUCACAACGUCACAGAUGGAGAGUGGCAUUCUGUAGAGGCUGUGCUCGGGAACUGGGUGCUCACUCUGAAGCUCUUGGAUGAUUCAGGGAGCUGUGGGAGCCAGUUGUGCCACAAGGAGGCCGCGGUCCAAACCACCCUGGCAGGGCUGGCGUCGCCUCCUCAGAACACUUUCAUUGGAGGAGUGCUUCAGGACUCAGAUGGCCCCAGUGAAGGUGCCCCGCUCCCAGCAUUCAUUGGCUGCAUGCGUGAUGUGUUUGUGGACUGGCAGCUGGUCGUCCCUGAGGAGUGGCUGAGCGACUCUGCUGUUAAUGUGUCCCCGGGCUGCAGCCACAGGGACCACUGCCUGGAUGUGCCUUGCCAAAACAGAGGAGAGUGUGUCAACCUGUGGCAGAGCUACCAGUGCCGCUGUCCAAGGCCUUACGAGGGGCAGGACUGUGAGGAGGAACAUGUGACUGCACGCUUUGGAAACGAGGACUCACAAAGUUAUGCAGCGUUCACUAUCACGGAUGACCUCGGUCACAACCUCUCUGUCUCGCUCUUUGUGCGUACACGGAGACACAACGGACUCCUCCUGGCGCUCGCCAACAGCAGCAGCCAGUACCUGCACAUGUGGCUGGAGGAUGGCAGGGUCACCGUCCAGCUUGAUAACUUUGAGAGCCUGAAGGCAGCGGGUGCUAUCAAUGAUGGCGAAGUCCACUUUGUGAGGGUAGAGAUGGAGAAGGAUCGUAUAACUCUGUAUGUAGCAGCUGAGAAACAGGGGCAUGUAGAAGGCAGGACGGUCAAGGUUCAAGCAGGAGAUACUGUGUACGUGGGGGGUCUGCUGGAGGGCAGGACCACUUCAGUGUUUGGUGGAUACUUUAAAGGCUGCAUUCAGGAUUUGAGGAUCAACGACAGGAGGCUGCAGUUCUUCUGGUUGGACACCUCAGUGAAAGCUUUUCCUCUGGAGCUCAUGGUAAAUGUGACUUCUGGGUGCUCGGGUGACAACGCCUGCAGUAGAAACCCUUGUCUGAACGGCGGCUUGUGCUACUCUACGUGGGAUGACUUCACCUGCACCUGCCCGCUUAGGACAGCAGGGCGGCGCUGUGAGGAGGUCAGGUGGUGCGAACUGUCACCCUGCCCCGUGGAUGCAGAGUGCAGGAUGCUUAACCAGGGAUAUGAGUGCUACUCCAAUGCAACCUUCCUAAAUGAAAGCACAGUGUUGUCCUAUCAGGGAAAUGGACAAAUAUCCCGAAAUCUGACCAACGUCUCUCUAAACCUACGCACACGGAAGCGUAAUGUCGCUAUUCUCCACGCACAGAACGGCUCAGCAUUCGUCACGCUCUCUGUUCAGGAUGGUUUCCUCUCUAUGGAGCUUCAAAGCGCAGCUGGAGAAAACAAUGGAGAAGAGAAGGAAAGCGGAGGGGGGCCAGAUGUGUCUACAGUCAGUCUGAGCAGCAGGAGGACUGUGAGUGACGGUGAGUGGCACAGCGUCCAGCUGUUCAUGGCAGCACCGUGGGCGCUGACCUCCCGCUGGACUCUGGUGCUGGAUGAAGAAAUAGAAGAAGCCAGCACCUCCAGGAGAAAAGGGGGCAACCUGGAUUUCCUCAGGCAGGACGUGGAUAUAUUUUUAGGUGGCUUUGCCCCUAAAGCUGGCUGGACCCUUGUUGGCUGUCUGGGCACAGUAGAGUUAGGUGGCAUCGCCCUGCCUUACUUGAGUUCCUCUGAUGUAAACCUCCCACGCCUGCAGGAGGAGCAGUUCAUCCAGACAUCACUAAAUCAGCCACUUCUUGGGUGCAGCGGGGCCCCCUUGUGUGAGCCCAACCCCUGUCUGAACGGAGGGGAGUGCCAGGACCUGUUCAACACCUACAACUGCAGCUGUGCUGAGGGCUGGGCCGGUCGACGCUGUGACUUCUACACCAACACCUGUGCUUCAAAUCCCUGCGUUCAUGGUAACUGCAGCGUGAGCGGGCUGAGCUACGAGUGUACCUGUGACUUCGGGUACGCGGGUGUGCACUGCGAGGAGGAGGUGGAUAUGUGUGAAAACCACGUGUGCGCACAUGGGGGCACUUGUCUGCAUGGACCAGACAGGUACGCCUGCCUCUGCGCUGAAAACUACACUGGACCCCUCUGCAACGAACGCAUUGAAGAAAUACCGUGGUACAUUGUUGUCAGAAGUGUACGGCCUAAGCUGCCUGUGUCUGUGUGCGGUGAUGACAUCAGGAACUACACCUGCUUCAAUGGAGGCAACUGCACGGAGCGAGAGCUGUCCUGUGACUGUCCACCUGGCUUCAUUGGACACAGGUGUGAACAGGAAGUGGAUGAGUGCAAGUCAAACCCAUGUCUAAAUGGAGGCUACUGCCGCAACCUCAUCAACAAGUUCUUGUGCGUGUGUGACAUGAGCUACGCCGGAGACACGUGCCAGACGGACUUGACCUCUGGGGGUUUGUCCUCUGACCUCUUGCUGUCCGUCAGUCUGGCGUCUGUGGUCCUGCUGCUGGUUCUCAUCUUCACCUCCAUCGGCCUGGUGAUGACACUAAAUCGGCGCGCCACCCACGGCACCUAUAGUCCCAGUCGGCAGGAGAAGGAGGGCUCACGGGUGGAGAUGUGGAGCAUCAUUCAACCGCCACCUAUUGAGAGACUCAUAUGAAUGUGACUGAUUAGUAGCUAUUUAAGUAUUGAGAGGCUAAUGCUAGAAAUACACUGGAUAUUGAAGUUAUUCAAAUUUGAUUUUAAAAUUCCAAAGGUAAAAAUGUAAGUACGUAAAGACAUUCUUGAACUCCGCAGAAGAAUAGCCGCUUUUAAAUGUAGAAUUCAGCUCACGGUGCCUCCAUUUUUAUUUACAGUUUUCUUUCUUCAGUUGCAUAAGCACAAACUGGGAGAUUGUAUGAGAUCUUGUGGUAUCAUUAUCUGUAUUUUAAUAAUCUUCCGGCAAUGUUUUGCACCUUAAACCAGCAUCCAGCACUACAUCAAUCUAAAAGAAAAGAUUUCAGUUAAGUUCAUACGUACAUGUAUUGAGUCUGUCACAUUUUUGUGUGUGAUCCAUAUUCUCAGGAUUGAUGGACCAGGGAGCAAUAAUCAGUAUGUGGGAAACAAAAACAAUUGUCAUCCAAAACAAGCAAAAGGAGUUAGAUAAUUUCCUUUAAAGAAUUAGGUAAACUUUUGGUCAGUAGUUUUCUUACUGUUAUUAGUCAAUUCAUCCUCAUUGGUUUUCUACUGAAAAAAAGUAUCUUAAAAUGGGUUAUAAAUAUGGUAAUUUAUUCUUAAAGAUGCUCAGUUAUUUCCUCAAACAGCAUUCUGUACUGUAGUUUUAACAUGUUACCGAAACAGCAUUAAAUAAUGAUUUUGUUAGGGACUAUAAUUAGGUUUUAGCUAAACAGACAGAAUGUGUCAGUAGUUUAAUUGUUUUUUUUUCCAGAAACAAAAAGGUCAAAAGUCAUGAUAUGACGGAAAAAAAAUUCCAUCCACGUGUAUCUUUUCCAGGAUGAUUCCUUCCAUUUUUCCGUGUUGCUGGCAAUAUUGUGUUUUUUUUUUUAUUGAGGGAAACAUUCCUACCAGAUGUCCUCAUUGACAGAAUAAAGUCAUUUCAGAGUCAGACUUCAGGAGGAGUUGAACUCUUUCACUAACUGAGAAUAGUUUCUUACUAAAGUUUAUUCUUUGAUGACAUGUGAGUAGUUUGGAAACAAUGACUGUCUAUACUGCUCUGUAAUUUCAACUGUAGAGUGAUGAUGAUUUUUUUUUUUUUUUUUUUAAACUGUGAAUUUCAUUUCUGCCUGCCAUUUGGCACCUGUAUAUAUAAAUUGUUGGUUAUUUAAGAACAUGUUUUCAAGGUUUCUGUAGGAAUAGUGAGGUGUUACUGUAAUAAAGGAUUAGCAUU